AUGAUGCCUGAAAAAUUAUCUAGUAUUACUCCGUUUGAUAAAAUAAAACAUUUAAGUAAUUUAUAUAAAAAUUAUUUAGUUAAAAAUGAACAAAUUAAACAACAACAUGCAAAAUCUAAUAAUGCUGGAAAUGAAUUGUAUGAUACAUUAACAGAAAAUUUUGAAAAAUUAUUUGCUAAAGUAGAUAAUUUAGAUGCUUCUGAUAAAGUUUUAGAUGAAUUUUUAUCAAUUAUUAAUGAAGAUUGUCUCGCUGAUGUUUUAUUAGAAAUGUUUAGAAAUCUUCAUGAUAAAUUUAACCCUAAAAUAAUUGAAAGAUUGAAAGUUAUUGAGAAAAGGAAGGAAGAAUCUGAUCCAGAAGAAACAGCCAGUUCCAGUUGUUUAAGUUCCGCAUCAAAUUCAGAAGGUGAAUAUGCUCAGUCUCAACCUGUACGUAAUUGUAGACGCAGUUCACGACUUGAAAAUAAGAAAAACAAAUAUAUAAAAAAUAGUGAAAGAAGGAAAAGAAGAUCGUAUAAUUUAGAUAAAGAAUCAGAUUUUAGUGAUUCAGAUGAUGAAGAAACUAAAGGAUAUGAUAGUGUAUCAAUUCAAAAAGUUAUCCUUGAUCCUGUUGUUCAAGAAAAAUUAGAAGCUUUUAUAGAAAAAGAUUUUAAUGCAAUUUCCAAUAGAUCUUUAGAUACAAAAAAAGUUAGUGAUAAAGUUAAAGAAAUAUCAAGUUAUUUAGGAAUUAGUCAAAGAGUUAUUGGACCAAUUGUUGCAAAACUAUCUAUAGGAGCAUUUAAUGAUUUGAUGUCAAGGAUAAAAGAUUGGGAUAAAUUAAAAGAACGAAUGCAAGAUGUUUUUAGAAGACUAUAUGCAUGGAUUAUUAACAAAGAAGCAAUUUUGUUUGUUCAUUCUUUAUGCCCAAAAAAGAUUCAAUUUUAUGGAAAUGGAAAACUCAUUAUACCAAAACCAUCUUAUUUUUGGUUGAAUUGUGAUGAAGCACCAACCGAUGAAAUCGAACGUUGUAUAACUCCACCAGUAAUAAAAUUUGACAAUAUUGAUGAAGAUGUGUCAACAUUUGGUGAAUUUAAACCAAAUCUUCGUGUUAAUAAGUAUAUCCGAACAAUUGAAUCAAAUCCAAAAUAUGAAGAGAUAUUUGAACGUACAGGAAAAACAUAUGAAUUUCAAAAUAAGAAUAUAGUUGUAGAAAAUAUUAAAUAUAUGACAACAAAAAAUUUUAAAUUUAAAGGUUGUCUUAAUACUGUAGAUAUAUGUAAAGAAAUAAGAAGACAUUUAACUGAAACAAACUGUUCCCAAAGAAAUUUUGCUGAAAAUAUUUUAGGAAUGUCGCAAGGUAGUGCUUCGGAUCUUCUAACAAAACCAAAAGAAUGGCAUGGAUUAACACGAAGAGGAAGAGAGCCAUACAUUAAAAUGAAAGCUUAUUUGGAUACAUAUGAAAAAUUGAAAGAAGAUCUUAAAGCAAUUUUUGAAGAGGAAGAGAAAGAGCAUUUAGAAAAAUUAAAAUCAUUUCACAAAAAAAAAUUAGAAAAAAGUGGAAAGAAAUUUGAUGAAAAAUCAUUGUAUAAUGUUUUAAAUAAAUAUAGUAAACCUUCAAAAUCUCUAACAAAUUCUAACGAAAAUGAAAAUAUUUCACCUUCUUUAAAUAAGGUUAAGCAAAAUGAUGAAUUAAUUAUUAAACAAAAUGAAGUAUCAUUUCAACCUAAAGAAAAUUGUAAAAUUAUGACAAAAGUUACUAACCAAAUAAAAAGUUGUCCUAACCAAAUUGUUUCUGAUGAGGCAAUUAUUUCUAAUUUAAUAUCACCAACAAUUGAAUCAUUAAAUACAAUGUCCAUAGCAACUGAAAUGAAAACACUUUUAGAAGAAUGUAAAAUUACACCUGCAAUAUUUGCAGAAAAUUUUAUGAAAAUUAAACCGCAAGAAUUUCAUAGAAUUUUAACUGCACCAAGAGCUUGGAAUUUAUCAAGUUUAGAUGAUAGAAAUGCUUAUAGAAAAAUGAAAUCAUUUUUGGAUAAUGAAGAACUUGUUAAAUCGUUUAAAGAAAAUGGAUUUAAUGCACUUCCAAAAUUACUAAAAAAUUUUGAUGGUUCUAUUUUAUCACUAGAUAAAGAUAAAAAGGUAGUACGUUAUAUGAAAUCAUCAAAACCAUUUGAAACAACACCAAGUAUAUGUAAUUCAAAAAUUUUAAAAUUCUGUGUUAAAAAACGACCAACAAUGCAUAUUGAGGAAGAUGUUCCAGCUAAAAAAGUAAAAUUGUGCAAUGAAGAAAGUCAGGAAAAAAUUAAAAAUGUUGAAAAUAAUCAAUUGAAAUUGUGUGAGGAAGUUUUAGAAGAAGAUGCCAAUUCAAUUCAAUUGACUGAUAAAAAAAAUUCCACGCAAAAAACAUAUAUUGUGCCAUUUACUAAACCACUUCCAUUAAUUUCUAACCAACAUUCUAAAAUUAAUUGUAUUGAAAAAAAUUUAACAAUAAAAGAAGAAAAUAUAGAUGAAAUAGAGGUUGAAAAUGGUAAUGAUAUACCAAUAACAUCAAUACAAAUAAAAGAUGAAGUUAUAAAACCUGAUUCUGACACAAUUGAUACUAUUACAUUGUCUGAUGAUAGUUUUAACAUUAAUGAUACGCUUUUGUCUAAAAAAACAAAAGAUCCAGAGUUUUUCAAACAAAUUCAUGAAAAUUCAUUUAAGCCAAUUCAUAAAAAAAAUGUUAACUUAUAUAAUAUUGAAACAUGUCAUGCAAAAAUUAUUAAAAGCAAUAACAAAGAGGAAUUGCUUAUUGAUACUGCUGAAUUGGAAAUCUUAUAUCUUGCAUGGACAUAUAAUCCGAAUCCUCAAAGUGUAAUGAAAAAUUAUCUUAGUCAAAUGACUGUUCUUCCUGUUGAAACCAUUGAUACAUGGUAUCAUACAUUUAAUAAAUUAAAAGGUAAUUAUUUGAGAACAGCUGAUAAUUCACUUACUUAUCGAGAAAAUUUAAGAAAAAGUGUACUAUCAACAACGACUAGAAAAAAAUAUCUUGCUAUAACAGAUCUUGUUUUUAAACAACUUUUUUCAAAUAAAUUAGCAGAAUUGAUGAAUCAAAAUCAAUAA